AAUCGAAUUUUAGCCACCCUACCUCCUACCUCGUUACAUCUUCUCGGUUAAUAAAGAAAAAGAAUUUCUCCUGAUAUGGAGUGAAAUGAUCCUUACAAGUCUUGUUAUGCACCUUCCUUCAUCAACAACAAAAGUAAACUUCAAGGAUAAGGGCAAAAGUCCCAAGUAUGAGCUUGGGUAAUUCAUUUGGUCUCUGUUUCUUCCAUUCAUUACUAAAAUCACAGCUUCAAACUAAAACAUUGAAAUCUUCUUUACUUAUUUUUCGUCAGUUACUACAAUCCAAUUUAAAGCCAUCUGAUCUCACUUUCUCUCUUCUCAUCAAGGCCUCAGCUUCAUCUUCCUUUGCUUCAAAUUCACUUAAAUCUAAGAUAGAAGCCAAUCAAAUACAUACCCAUUUAUUUAAAUCCGGCAUUAUUCAACUUGUGUACGUUAAAACUGGUCUUCUUAACUUGUAUGUAAAAUUGGGUUGCAUUGAAAAUGCUCGCUUUUUGUUUGAAGAAAUGCCUGACAGAGAUGUGGUUGCUUGGAAUGCCCUGAUUUCCGGGUAUUCAAAAAAUUGUUAUGAUAUUUUUGCUUUUAAUCUUUUCAUUGAAAUGGUCAGAGAGGGGUUCAGGCCUGAAGCUACGACGUUGGUUGGUUUGGUUCCUUCUUGCGGGACGCUUGAGUUAGCGUUUCAAGGGAAAUCUAUUCAUGGAUUUGGAGUUAAAGCUGGGUUAGAUAAGGACUCUAAGGUGAAAAAUGCGCUUACUUCGAUGUAUGCAAGAUGUGGGGAAUUGGAAGGGGCAGAAAUUUUGUUUGAAGAAAUGGUAGAAAAAAGUGUAGUUUCCUGGAAUACCAUGAUUGGUGCUUAUGGACAAAACGGUUUGUUUGAUGAAGCGAUGGUUUCAUUCAAUAAAAUGAGAGCGCAAGCUUUGGAAGCUAAUUCUGUAACACUUAUGAGCCUUCUAUCUGCUAAUGCAGACCCUGAAACACUUCAUUGUUUGGCUAUUAAAGUCGGUUUUGUAAACAAUGCUUCUGUGAUUGCUUCUUUAGUUUGUGUAUAUGCGAAAUGUGGAGAUAGUGAAUCUGCUGAAUUGCUUCAUAAGUCAUUGUCUCAAGAAAAUUUGGUUUCCUUGACUGCUCUUGUCUCAAGCUAUGCUGAGAAAGGGAACAUGGAUAAGGUAAUACCAUGCUUUACUCGGAGUCAGAUGCUCGAUAUGGAAUUGGAUGAAGUUGCAAUGGUUAGCAUUCUCCAUGGGGUUAAAAAUCCUGCUAACAUUGCUAUUGGACUUGCUUUUCAUGGUUAUGGAAUAAAGACUGGUCUUUUCAUACAUUGUUUGGUUGCAAAUGGGCUAAUAAGCAUGUAUUCAAGGUUCAAUGAUAUAGAAGCUGUAUUCUCUUUGUUCUCUGAGAUGCAGGAAAAACCAUUAAUCAGUUGGAACUCGAUAAUAUCUAGUUGUGUGCAGGCUGGAAGAACUGGCGAUGCCAAGGAGUUAUUUUGUCAAAUGAGGAUGUAUGGACAUGUACCAGAUGGCAUCACCAUUGCUACUAUGCUAUCUGGGUGUUCACAAUUGGGUUAUUUACAGUUUGGUAAAAAGCUUCAUGGUUUUAUCCUUAGGAAUAAUCUAGAAAUGGAAGAUUUUAUUGGUACUGCUCUUAUACACAUGUAUGUCAAGUGUGGAACCAUUGAGCUAGCUGAACAAAUCUUCAAGAGCAUCAAAGAACCAUGUUUGGCAACAUGGAAUACAAUGAUUACAGGUUAUGGUAUAGGCGGAUUCGAAAAUAAAGCAUUUAAUCACUACACUGAAUUGCAAAAAAGAGGGUUAAAGCCUGAUAAAAUCACAUUCUUGGGUGUUUUAGCUGCUUGCAUCCACGGUGGUAACGUUGAUAAAGGAAGAAGAUACUUCCAGAUGAUGGUAGAAGAAUUUGGCAUAUCACCAAGCCUUCAACACUGUGCAAGCAUGGUUGCACUGCUUAGCCGUUGUGGCUACUUUGGGGAAGCAUUGUUAUUCAUCAGGAAUAUGGAAUCCAGGCCAGAUUCUGCAGUGUGGGGAGCUUUGCUCAAUGGUUGUUGCAUCCACCAAGAGGUCAAACUUGGGGAAUAUUUAGCCAAGAAAUUGUAUUUUUUGGACCACAGAAAUGGUGGCCUUUAUGUCUUGAUGUCAAAUCUUUAUGCUUCAAAAGGGAUGUGGGAUGAUGUAGCAAGAGUGAGGCAAAUUAUGAAGGACACUGGAGGGGAUGGCUGUUCAGGAACUAGCCUGAUCGAGCUGACUUAAUAAUGUUGCCGCCAAUGUCUUGCAAGAAGAACCUUAGAACUAGCUUGGACCAGGAAUGAUAAAAUAACCUGUAAUCUGUUAAAUUGCCCAUUGAAUAACCCAAAAAAGCUUAAAUCUCUACCUUCACAUUGGCAGUAACACCCCUAAAGCCAAAUGGAUCACUUUCGAGAAGCUCACAUCUUACCCUUCUUGAAAAUCAUUGGUCUGGAUGGAGAAGAAGAGAGUAACGAGGAGGAAAACAAGGAAUCUUGGUGCGUUUUGAAGGUUGGUAACAAAAUUAAAGUGGAAAUGCAGUCGAAAACUUUUAGAGAUGAACCUUGGUCGAUUUCGUAGCAAAGGGAGUUUGGGCAAUGAAGUUUUUUAGUGAUGAAGUUUAUAGAAUCUUUGUUAGAAAGUUUAAUGAUUGUUUGUUUGAGAAUACACAUGGGUUUGAGUCUGAUGAUGCUAACAUGGUUAAAGUUUAUGGGGCAAAUUUUACUGGUUGGGAAAUGCCUGAAGCAGCUGAUGAUUCUAUCUGGGAAGAUGCUGAGGAUGCUUCCUUGAGAGUUUCCCAAUCUACGACCCAGUGACGGCAAAUCAGGAUCUUCGAGGAGUCUGAGGAGGUGGCAUAUGAAGGGAUACAAAGCUUGGCUUUGGGGGUAUUGGAUCAUAGUUUCUUGGUUGGUGAUUCUGGUGUCCAAGUUAAGAAUUUUGCAAAUGGGAUUCAUGGCAAAGGUGUUUAUGUAAGUUACGAUCAUGGGAAUCCAAAGAGUUCUUUGUAUUUGGUGCAUUUGAUGUCAAAAAAAGGUGCUUCUUAUGAAAGCUGAGAUGAAUGUGCUUCUAAUGAGUUCUAAGCUCGGGGAUUCGGAAGCCUCGCACAACAGGGCUUUAUCAGCUGGAUAUUGAGACCAGAAAGAUUGUUACUGAAUGGAAGUUCGGGAAAGAUGGGGCUGAUAUUUCAAUGAGGUAUAUCAGAAAUGAUAGCAAGGGAUCACAAUUGGAACCCGUCAGAAACCGCAUUUUUAUGACAAUAGGAUUUGCUGGUGGAUACACUAGACCAAAAUGGGAUGGUUCAGAAUCUUGCUACUAGUUAUUGGGUAUAAGUGCAUCAUCAGCGUCCAAGAGGGACUAACUUCCAAUGCUUUGCAAGCCCUCGGAAUGCUCUACUGUUGUUGGAUCUCUCAAUGGGAAGAUUCAGUUUUAUUCAACCAAUUCUAUGAGACAGGCAAGAACAACUUUUCCUGGCCUUGGGUUUCCCAGGACUCAUGUUUAUGUUACGUUUGAUGGGAAGUAUUAGGAUCAACUGGUACCUAUUUGAUCCUUAUUUGCACCCUUUUUGGCAACAAGGAUGGAAAGACAAAGACAGGUUUUAGUGGGUGUUUGGGGAACAGGAUAGAGCUCCACGUUUGUUGAAGCUAACUCCCCUGGAUUCACAUUUAGCAGGGGCCAAUUACAAGUUCAAAAAUGCUCAGCUUUCAUGGUUCAAGUUUCAUCGAGUGCCACUACUAAAGGAUGAUGAAUGGCAUGAGGAUUGAGGAGGGUGGAAAGGACUAUAGAGUACGGAAAGACUCCAUUGUCACUUAAUAGAUAGCGUACAUAGUGCUUGCAACAGUUCCUCUCCCCUUUUAGGUCUCAGGUCACCAAGAACAGGAAGCAAGAGCACCAUCUAGUCGGAACGGUAGGCAAGUUUAGUGUAAUAUGGGACUUCCAACAGGUGAAAAACGGAUCUCACACAUGCUACCAUAUUCACGAGGGUUUGAAGAGCUGUUAGAGUCCUUACGGAUGACUCCAUUGUUGACAAUCGUUUCGUGCAUGAUAAGUUUGCAGUCACUGACUCUCAUGAAACCCCACUAGUUGUUGCCACCCCUCUAAAAGUCCGUUCGUUCAGCAUUUCAAGCAGGCAGUUAUUUGUUCCACUACCACUCUUCCCUAAUUUGUAACUUUCCGAAUUUUACCAAAGAAGUCGCUGCUGCAUUUGUAGAGCUUCUCAACUGUAUUUUUCUUUUCUCAAUUGUUAUUUUCCUUGUUAGAUUAAGCUGGCUUGCAUGUGUAUCUGGCAACACUACUACUGUAAUGAUCUCCCUUUUGCUAGUUAAUUGUUGUUACUAUAGUUU